AUGUCUAUUUUCCAGAGCAAAGAUCGUUCUGUAUCGUCGGUGCGCGAUCGUAUAUAUGAUGAUCCGGCUUAUACAGAUGACAUUAGUCAUUUAGCAAAUCCCAUGCGACGUAACAGUGUUAAUCUUGUAAACUCUGAAAUGCUGACUCUUAGUAGUACGGGUGUGGUGGGUAAAGUUAAUUCUGGUGGCAGUAGCUCAUUGGGAAAACGUAGCAAAUUGACUAAAGAAUUUCAAAAACUGGCUCAAGAAGAUAUUGGUCAUAUAGCUUUUAGUAGCUCUGAAGAAGAUUUACGUUACCAAAGAGCCGCUUCUUCUAGAUCGGAGGCCAUAGGACGUGGCAGAAGUCUAGAGCGUUCUAAUGCUAUAAUAGGAGAGCAAACAGAAAAACUAGAGAUAAAAAGACGACCUGAAAAACGCAGUAGCAAACAGAAGCGUAAUUUAAGUUUGGAUAACAAACGUCAGCAAUCACAACAGGAGGGCAAAGAAAAUGAGGAAAAGGAACGUGAUCGACCGCCAGAGCCGCCACAACGUUUGGCCUUGACUCGCUACAAUUUGGGCAAGCAGCGUAGUGAUGAGGCCGCUUGGCAAAGACAACAAAGUCAAAUGGAAUUUGCACAAUCUGCUCAUGAUAAUGAAGAUGUUUUCUCUUUGCACAGUUCAGCCAAAGAGAAUCUAAGUGUGGCUGCCUCUACAUCGGCUUCGCUCAGUAAUGCCAGUACUUCGAAAAUGCAAAUGGGUAAACGUUUCCUAAAGGGAGAAAUCGGUAUAAAAAGUUUCAAUUAUUAUUUACUAAAAGAGGGUCUUAAAUCUUCCAAGAAAUUUGUGGAAAAACAAAAAAAUAAUUUUCAAUCUUCCACCAAUAAUACUGUAGCUACUGUGGCAAAUUCUGCUGCAGGAGGUGAAAGUGUAUCCUCUAUGACUUUGGGUAAAAGCAAACUACAAGCUAAUAGUGAGGAAAAUAUCUAUGAGGAAAUCUUUUUUAAAGAUGCUCCACCUAGUGAGGAGGAUGAUGAAAAUCAAAAUCCUUCCAAUAGCAAUAAACAACAUGCGGUUUCGUCUAAUCUAACACAUCAAGCUGCGGCAACAGCCAACGAACAAAACAUAAUGUAUGCCGAUUGUGAACUUUGUAUGCAACAGUGUGACAAAGCUGAUUGUGAAUACUGCUUGCAACCGGAGUUGUCCUCAAAUCUCAACCAGAAUAGAACCAUUACUCAGACAAACUUUAAUAACACUAACAGCAAAGCUAACAACACAAAUAACCGUAUAAAUGUCACCAAUCUUAACAAUAAUACUUCUGCUCGUACAGCCAUGGAAAAUCAAGUUAAUUCAGCUCCUAUUCUAGAGUUUCAAUCCUAUAAUCCUAACAAUCCUGGAGUAUAUAAAAUUGAGACAACUCCGGUAGCCAUUACGGGGGAUUAUAAUCCCAUUUUACAAUUCCAACAACCUUCUACACAACAACAACAACUGCCUCAGCAGCAUAAACAUUCACAUCUUCAACAUCAAUCGACUUCAACUACUAGCACCGCUACUACUACCCCCAGUGAUCAUCAUUUGCAUCAACAUCAUUCUCAGUUGCAGCACCAGCAACAGUCACAACAACAUCAAUCCGUGCCAGCGCCACAACAUCAACAACAGCAACAUCAACAAUUUUAUGGUUACAAACAGCCAAAUUUUUAUACACCUCAUACUCAGACUGGAUUUUGGUCACAAACAUCUUCGGUUCCAAGACCAAGAGCUUAUAUGGUCACUGGACAUUUUCCUAGUGGAGUUUCGUCUAUGCAACGCGUCAACACAAAAUCAAGUUCCUCCAGUGAUUCACUGCAGCAACAGCACAAAUUUAACACAUUCACCCAUUUAGAUGCCAAUUUCUAUAAUGGUACCAAUGUAGCCAAUAAACCUGGAUCAUCCUCGGUCAAUAAUAGUUACUUACCGCCACAACCCUUGCAACCGUUAAUGUAUGCCGCCAGCCGACGACUGGGAGGAUCACAAAUUUUGGUCGACAAUUCAAAUGCUAUGUUUGAGAAUCCUUCGCAAAUUUAUAAAUCCGAUUCAAGAGCUUCGAUUUUAAGUGAAUAUUCUCUAUCGCGUAGCAGUGAUACUUACUAUGGCAGCCAGAGAUAUGGUCAUAAUAGGCACUAUGGUACUUCACAUCUAAAUGAUCAUCAUAAUUUUGAAAACUCCCUUAUGUCAUCAUAUGCUACGGCGGCACAGAGACGUUACUUUGGCAGUGCCGAAAGUUGUCGUUUUGGUUAUGACUGCAGACGUUGUUCAUUGGAUAGUGGACCCGGAGCCGGUCUAUUAGCUAACCCCAGAGGUGCUAAUGCUGCUGCACAAAAUAAUGGUUGUGGGGUUGGAUCAGCAGCAGCGGCUGAAAAAUGUACUUUCUCUGAUCAUUGUAAAUAUGAUUGCCGCAACUGCGACUGUUCCUCGGUAUACUUUUCCUCAGACUUUGAUGAUGUUUACAGUGGUGGUGGUAUACCAAGAAAAACGGCUAAAGGUACAUUACCCUCUACUGGAGGACAACCUCCUCCAUCAGCACUAGAAAACUAUGAUGUCACGACCAGUAGUGAGAAGCAACAGGCUUUGAAACAAAACAAAUAUGCUCAAGAUUUCUUUAAGCAUGUUAAUGAUGUCAAGCGCAGCAUUUAUCAAGCGGAAAUGCAAAGAAAUGGCAAUAUGGAAUCGAUGAGUCCUAAGAAGUCAAUGAAAAAAGAUAACCGUGAUAGGGAAAUAUUGGGCAUCACCACCCUACCCUUGGCUAAAGAGCGUAGCAGCACAAAGCCUACACCAGCUCCCAGGACAAGUCUACAGCAACCACAACAACCACUAAAUACUGAUCAAACUACACCGCAACCUUUACAAAGACGUUUACCGGUUAAGACCAGUGACCCUGGUGUAGAGAGAAAAGAAUAUGCUUCUUUAGAUCGCUUAAUAGCCUCCAACAAAGGAGCCAUACCCAAGAAUACACGUAUAAGUCCUCACAGCAGUCCUAAAGCAAGAGCCAAUACCCGAGAGACAAAUGAUGGAAAAUCAAAUGAACAAUAUAUGCCACUAGAACCAACAAACGAAGAAAAACGUCAUGUAAAAAAACACUCAAAGGAAUCUUCAAAGAUAACAUCCUCAUCCUUGGCUGCCUCAUUAAGUGGUCACCGACGUAAAGAUAUACCAGCGCCACCACCACCUUCUCCGGCCACAUAUGCCGAUUUACAAGAAUUGCAGCAAAAUAUGCAAGACACACUGAGAGAUGAUACAAAGCAAGAAAAGGACAGGAAACGGAAACGUAAGCAACAUGAAAGUGGUGGUAGUGAACAUGAAAAACAGCAGCAGCAGCUUCUACAGGAAUCAGUAACAACAACAAUUACUAAAGAUGAAAAACAAGAACCAGAAAAUGAAAAACAACAAACAACGGAAGUAACUUUACAACAAGAGCAUCAGCAACAGAAACAAACUGAAACAAAGGAUAGUAAAACAAAGGACCAACACAAAAUAGUAGUGAAUAAUGUCGAGAAUAACCUGACAACAAUAGACACAACAGACAAUACCUAUGAAACCACAAACAUUAAAACAAUGCCAACAGUAACAGAUUCAAAUGCAGCAACAACCAAUAACACCUCAACCACCAGUGCUGCAAACAUAAGCGAUAAUAAAAAGCUUUUACCAGAAGAAGAAACACAAACACAUACAUUUAAACCAAACGAAGAAAUAUCUUUAAAGUCACCCAACAUCAGUAAUAGAGAAAAGGCAGACGCUGAAACCACAACUCCCUGUACAGCCCAGACACAAACCUCAAACUCUUCACUGACUCUAGUUUCGGUAACAUCCGUUUCAUCAUCUAUUGUUACCGCCUUGGAUUCACAACAACGUGACCCGACGGAGGCAUAUGACGAUGAUGUUUUCUAUGAUGUACGCAGUGAGGAUUCUGGUUGUACUGCAGCUAGUAGCAGUAUGGCUUCUAAUACGCAGCAAAAGAAUGAACAAAAACAGGAACAGUCACAACAACAGCAGUCUUGUACGGAAACUAAAUGUCAACAAUCUGCAACAGAACAAAGACAGCUAAAACAACAACAAGGACAUCAUGAAGUUUCUGAGGAAAAAUAUUUAAAAAAUCUGUUAUUGCAUCAACAGCCAACACAGGAUGUCAAUGAAGAGGAGCUACAGCAGCGGCAGCAACAACAACAAAAGAACCUUGAGUUUGAAGGACAACAAGAAAAUGAGCAAAAACAAGAACAGACACCAACAUCAGAUUGUCAUAAAACAAAUGAGGCAUUGCAGCUGGAACAGGAGCAACAAAUGAAUAAAAAUGAAGUGAAAAAGAAAAAUAGCAACAGCAACAAUAAAGAUAAAACAGAUAAGCAGUUACAAGGUGACGAUAAUGAAGUUACAACAACUGGCAACAUAGAAAAUGUUAACGAUGAAAAACAACAACAAAUCGCAGACAACAUAAAACCCAACCUCAUUACUAAGAACGAUGAUGAGGUGGUUGUUGUUGCUGGAGACCCUGCCUUGGAGCUCAAGGUUAACAAACACGACAAAAAACAUAAACAGGAAAUCAACGAAUUUAACAACAAAAACGAAUUGGAAAUAAAGAGCAACAACAACGACAACAAUAACUCCGCACAAUUUAUUACGAAAGACAACGAUAAAACAAAUAAAAACGAUAAAAGAGAAAUGAAACGUACAGGCAAACAUAAACGUGAUUAUUUGCAAGAGGAAGAGAGAAGAGAUAAUAGAUUGAGAAAUCAACAGCAGCAACUGGAAGAUGAAAAACCCACCACUACCGUUAUAAUGAGCAAAACAUUGCCAGCUGCUACAGCAACAGCAACUUCCUCCUCUAAUAAAAAGCCACGCAGCCAAAGACGUUCACCCUCCGCAUCUCAUGGUGCUGGUGGCACAACUGGACGUGACCAGCCACAACAUAAAAUAACCACCUCCACAUUGAGUUGUGAUACAUGUUGCCAAUUAGAGUGGUCACAACAAGACCCCUACAAUAACUCACCACAACAACAGCAACAACAACAGCAACAUUCGCCUCAAACCCUCAAGCCACCCACACUGCACAUUGGCAUGGCGGGGCAGCCAACACGUGUCAGUAAACGUAAAAACAGCAGUAGUAGUGCUAACAGCCGCGAAAGAGCGAGCAAAACAAAACAAGAAAUAAAAACAAAAAUCAUUUACAGCCAAGAAAAACCAGAGAGCACAACAACUACAACAACCACGAUAAUAACAACAAAAAUGCCCCGAGAAACCGGAAUAACGACAGUAACAAAAAUAAACAAAACAAAAGAAACGGACACACAAAACAAAACGAAAACAGAAAAAGAAACCACAAGAGAAGAGUUGACAUGCUCACCAAAGAUGAAAUCCACAAAUGUUGCUGAAACAAAGUUGCCGGAAGAACAACAUAAUAAAGAGGAUUUAGAAAAUGUGAACAAAGAAACUAAAGAGGAAAGUAAAGAAAAUACAUUAGAAAAUCCUGAUAUUUUAGAAGAAAUUAAAGAAAUUUCUAAGGCAAUUGCAACUCUGCAACAUGAUGCUGAAACAAGUGAUUCAGCAACAUUAGAAGCAGAUAAAUCGCUAACAGAAAAACAUGUUGCUGAAAUACAAAAUGUUGAAGAUAUGCAAGAGGUAAAACUAGUUUCCACUAAAACAACAACAACUACACAAAAUGUUGCUGCUGAUGAUGAUGCUGCAGCAGCUACAGCUACUGCUGCUCCUUCAACAUCUGCAGCUAGUACUAAUGCUCUCAAAGAAGUCAGUGUUUUUAUGCCCAUGGAUCAACAAACAACUAAAGAAGCUGCUGUUGAUAUAGAAGCUGCGGCGACGUCGUCGACAGCACUCACUGCCAAUGACAGUAAAACCAAUACUACAAACAUCAGUUGUAAUUCGGAGUUUGCAGGUGUCACAACACACUCGCCGCAUAACAGGUAAUUUAUUUAAUUUCGCCACAGACAAAAUAUAUAUUUAUAAUCGAAAUAUAAUUGAGUUUUUGCAAAUAAUGUUUGGUACGUAUAUAAGGAUUAAAUGUUUAUAGCACAAAGAAUAUUAAAUUUAAAACAUUUUUUAAAACAUUUUUGCAAUAAGG